UAAUCUAAAGCAUGAUGGAACAAGUAAACAACACUCGUUAUGGAGAUACUGAGUGGGAGGCUCGCGAAUCUCAGCGACAGCGCGAAUUGGAAGAAGCUCGGGCACGGGCGGCCCAGAUGGAAAAGACUAUGAAGUGGUGGUCGGAUUGCACAGCCAAUUGGCGAGAAAAAUGGAGUAAGGUUCGGAAUGAACGUAACAAAGCCAGAGAAGAAGCGAAACAGUUAAGAUCAAGCUUGGAAAUGGCAAUGAAGGAGGCCAACUCUUAUAAACGCGAGAAAAAUGAUCUCGAAAUACAAAUUUCUCAGCUGAAAAAGGAAAUGGAGAAGGUUCAUUCGCUUAUGAUGAAACAUGCAGGACAAUUUCAUAAAUCCGGUGUGGCCGAUACGGGAGAAGAAACUGAAGGAAAUGUUCGAGACUCCAACAAUUCGCCGGAUAUGUCUUCUGAUGGUCUGAAAAAUGUUAAUAGUGAAGAUGGUUUAGUAACAAAGUCAGCGGGCGGUGACUUGAAAGAUCUUGACAUCGAGGAGUUUAUUUUAAAGGGGGCUAUGCCGAAAAAUUUGGCAGAUAUGGAUGAAGUGUCUGCCGAAGAAAAGCGUUUAAUACAACAACUAUCUAAGGAUGACUUUGAUGAAGAUUAUUUGCUUCAAAAAAUAUCUAUGUUGCAGUUGAGAUUAGAUGAAGCCCAGAAAACUGUGCAAGCUGAAAGAGAUGAAAAACAUGUUCUGCAUAAGAACAUUGAAAAACUAUCAUUAGAAAUACAGGAAGUCCGUGAUCGUCAAGAAGAAUUGAGAGCAGCCAAACAGGAAGCUGUGCGUGAAUUGUUAACAUUGCAAGAAUCUCAUCGGGCCGAAAUGCGUAUUAUCAAUAAUUCUUUGGCCGAAGAGGUAGCAUCUCGAGAAAAUCUUGAAAGACGUUUGGGUGAACUACGUACAGAACUUGAAAGGCUUCAGGCUGAGAAUGCCUCGGAAUGGGGAAAACGUGAACGUUUGGAGACGGAAAAAUUAGGCCUGGAACGUGAUAACAAAAAAUUACGUAGUGAAAUUCGUGACUUGCAAGAUCGAUCUGAUCGUAAGGGUCGACCAUUGCCGGCUACUGAUGUUGAAGUUCGGGCAUUACAACAAGAGUUGUCUGAAAAAACAAAGGAAUUAAGUGAACUGAAAAUUUCACAUUCCAAGUUGAAAAAAUUGUUAGCCGAAACUAAUACCGAAUUGGGUCACGCCGUGCGACGGGCUGAACAAUAUGAAGCUGAGGUUAAACGUUUACGACAGCGUGUCGAAGAGCUCAAACGUGAAUUGGCAUCUGCCGAAGAUGAAUUGGAUUCUGCCGUUAAUCAAGUGCGUCGUUUGCAACGAUCCAAUGAUGAGUUAGUCGGUCAAAAUGAAGGUUUACAGGUUCAAAUACAACAUUUGCAAACAAGACUCCGUAAUUAUGGAUCAACAAGUUUGCUACUCGACGAGGAAACCGAAGGAAACAGUGAAUGA